GAAUUCCAGUGUCGUUGAUAUGGUCACAUCCCUCUCACACAGCUGUAGCGCCCAAAAAAAAAAAAAAGAACAGAAAAAUGUGGAUAAGCCCUAAAAUCAAAUCCGUCAUUACCAUUUUUAUUAUCUGUCUGUUUCACUUUCCAGAAGUCACACACCAACAACCUCACACUUUUGUCUUUGUCCCCUCAAUAAUAAUUUCUUUUGUUUUUUUAAUAAUUACUAUUACUCUUCUUCCCGUCUCUUCUCUCUCUCUCUCUCUCUCUCUCUCUCUCUCUGAGGCAUUUCAACAAACAGGUACAGCUCGAAAAUAAAUAUUUCUGAUCUUCGACAUCAACGGGACUCUGAAAAAGACAGAAGCGACCGCCAUGAGUUUCAGGGACGAAUCUGAGGAGCUGAAGAAGCCGUUCCUCCACACGGGGAGCUGGUACCGAAUGGGGUCCAGGCAGUCCAGCAUCAUGGGCUCCUCCGCCCAAAUGAUUCGCGACGGCUCCAUCUCCGUCCUCUUCUGUGUCCUCAUCGUCGCCCUCGGCCCCAUCCAAUUCGGAUUCACCUGUGGGUAUUCUUCUCCUACGCAAGCAGAUAUAGUCAAGGACUUGAAACUCUCAGUCUCAGAGUUCUCUGUAUUUGGUUCAUUGUCAAAUGUGGGUGCCAUGAUUGGGGCAAUUGCAAGUGGUCAAAUUUCAGAGUACAUUGGGCGUAAAGGGUCACUUAUGAUUGCCGCAAUCCCUAAUAUAAUCGGAUGGCUAGCAAUAUCCUUUGCCAAAGAUGUGUCGUUUUUAUACAUGGGAAGGUUGUUGGAAGGAUUUGGCGUCGGUAUUAUAUCUUACACGGUACCAGUAUAUAUAGCUGAGAUAUCACCACAAAACAUGAGGGGAUCCCUUGGGUCUGUUAACCAGCUCGCGGUGACUACUGGAAUAAUGCUGGCUUAUCUAUUGGGUCUGUUUGUCAACUGGAGGAUGCUUGCAGUUUUAGGAAUUUUGCCAUGUACAAUAUUGAUUCCUGGCUUAUUUUUCAUACCAGAAUCUCCUCGGUGGCUGGCCAAAAUGGGGAUGACCGAAGAAUUUGAAGCCUCAUUGCAAGUUUUACGGGGGUUUGAUACAGACAUUUCUAUUGAAGUGAAUGAAAUCAAGAGAUCUGUAGCAUCAACAAGCAAAAGAACCACAAUCCGGUUUUCAGAUCUCAAGAGAAAGAGAUACUGGUUUCCUUUAACGAUAGGAAUUGGAUUACUUGUGCUACAGCAACUCAGUGGUAUCAAUGGCGUUUUUUUCUAUUCAAGUAACAUCUUUGAAAGUGCUGGGCUAUCAUCAAGUAAUGUUGCAACUCUUGGACUUGGGGUUAUUCAGGUUCUUGCUACUGGGAUCACAACUUGGUUGGUGGACAAAGCUGGCCGCAAGCUGCUUCUUAUUAUAUCAUCCACUGGAAUGACUCUAAGCCUUCUCCUUGUUGCAAUUGCAUUUUAUCUAGAGGACCUUGUAUCAGAAGAUUCUAGCAUUUUUGGGAUACUGUCACUCGUAGGGCUUGUGGCUUUGGUGAUUUCAUUCUCUCUGGGGGUUGGAGCUAUUCCUUGGCUUAUAAUGUCUGAGAUACUUCCCUUGAACAUUAAGGGCCUUGCUGGCAGCAUAGCAACAUUGGCUAAUUGGCUAUGACUGCAAACUUACUCUUGACUUGGAAUAGUGGAGGUAUACAUUUGUGUGUGCGCAUGUGCAUGUGUGUGUCAUGUUUUUACUGAUAUGAUUCAUUCAUUACAACAGGCACCUUCACCAUUUACACCUUGGUUUCUGCUUUUACUGUUGUCUUUGUGUCACUUUGGGUUCCUGAAAUUAAGAGCCUGUUUGGAUGUAGAGGGGAAGGAGAGGGAGUCGAGUAGAGUUGGCUUAAAAUAGACUAAUUUUAGGCCAAAUCUACUCUACUCUACUCAUCUCCCUCUUCUUCAAUUCAAACGGAUCAUAAAGAAAAAACUCAGAAAGAGAUUCAGUCAUCAUUUAGAUGAACUUUGUUGCUCAAGCAUGUAUUCAUCUUAAACUGGUUUUGAAGCCAAUACCAUGCAGAAAGCGUCACAUGCAGGUGCAGAGAUCAUCUACAUAAUCUCUCCAACCAUUUUGUAUGUUAUUUAUAGGGUAUCAUGUAUAGACAAUAGUCUCUCAGCAGUUGCUCUAUGGAGUCGGAUAUAAUAAAAGUAAAUGAAAGCAAAAUUUAUUCAAA